CCCGGAGACCACGAGCAAACUCCGCAAGGACAGGCACGAGCCGAAGCCAGGUGUCCAUCUCAUCGUGGUGGCUAAGACCUCCCAAGGCCUCUCCGCAUCCGCGAGCGUCACCUUCCGGGAGGAGCGGAGCGGCGCUAAGGUGGGAUCCAUGGCCUGGGCGGAGGGCAACACGCUGCACCUCCACCUGCCCCAGGAGCCGUCGCUGUCCCUGGAGUUGCCGGAUGGCCGCCGGGGCCAAGUGCAGAGCCGCGAGGGCGAGCAAGAGGUGUUUCUAGCUGGGGCCACCUUGGUCCUGCAGCUGCGGCGGGUGAACAAGCAGAGCAAGAAGAGCCCCAACAAGAAAGACCUGACCUGGUCCCCCGAGGUGAUGGGGGGCCGUAGCUUCAGGGGAAGCAACCGCCGCAACACGCCGUAUGGGCACUACGUGGAGAGUGAGACCAGUGACAGCCACUCCAGUGGAAAAGACCUUCUGCCCACAGACCCGGACCGCACUGUGUUCACAGAGAAGGACUUUGGCAACGCAAAAAGCAGCGCUGCCGACCCGCGGGCCUCAGUCGGCAGAACAUCUGACGACACCAGAUCCAGUGUCGGUGGCGCUAUGCACGUUGAUCCACGUGCUUCUGUCAGCAGACCUUCAGAAACCAACAGGUACAGCGUCAGGAGUGAUAUGCCUGUCGACCAGCGGCCCUCUGUUGGCAGGGCAUCUGAUGCCAACAGGUCCAGUGUCGGUGAUAUGCCUGUUGACCCACGUGCUUCUGUCAGCAGACCUUCAGAAACCAACAGGUACAGCGUCAGGAGUGACAUGCCUGUCGUCCAGCGGGCCUCUGUUGGCAGGGCAUCUGAUGCCAACAGGUCCAGUGUCGGUGAUAUGCCUGUUGACCCACGUGCUUCUGACAGCAGACCUUCAGACGCCAACAGGUACAGCAUCAGGAGUGAUAUGCCUGUCGACCAGCGGGCCUCUGUCAGCAGGGCAUCUGAUGCCAACAGAUCCAGUGUCGGUGAUAUGCACGUUGACCCACGUGCUUCCGUCAGCAGACCUUCAGAAACCAACAGGUACAGCGUCAGGAGUGACAUGCCUGUCGACCAGCGGGCCUCUGUUGGCAGGGCAUCUGAUGCCAACAGAUCCAGUGUCGGUAUGCCCGUUGACCCACGUGCUUCCGUCAGCAGACCUUCGGACACCAACAGGUACAGCGUCAGCUGGAGUGAUAUGCCCGUUGACCCGCGAGCCUCUGCCAGCACAUCUGACGCCAGAUCCAGUGUGAGGAGCGAUAUGCACGUUGACCCGAGAGCUACUGUCAGCAGACCUGCAGAGAUAAGCAGAUUCAGCGCGGUGAGCGACAUGCCAACAGACUCACAGUCUGACACAACAUCCAUGCAGCUGGACGAGCGCAGGCCCUCGGCCAAGGAUGCCGAGCUGAGCGGAGCCCGCGGCAGCGGGCCGCGCGGAAGCUCCCGGAGCUCGCCGCGGAAGGCCUCCAGACGAUCGGCUUCCUCGCGCCGCUCCUCCUCGCUUGGACCCAGGAGCGAGAGCGUCAUCAAGAUGCAGCAGGACCCCAGCGGCUCUGAUACCAGCGGCUCGCGAGGCGCGGAGUCCAUCGGAGAUUCCGCGGCGAGCCACUUCUCCAUGGAGUCGGAGUCGGGGUCGUCGACCGGGCGGUCCACCACAGCUCGGAUGGGCAGCGGGGAGCCCGUCAGAGCGGCCAGCAUGCUCAGUUCAGACUCAGAGCGCAGCACGGGAUCGGCUGGGCAGGAGCCCCGAGCUUCUAUGGCGCGAAUGCCCACCAUCCUGGAGUCCGAGUCUCGCGCCUCCCGCUCCUCCAGCCGCAGCGGCGUUGGAAGUCGGGCCUCGCAGUCGCGGGCCAGCCAGGCCAAGCUGGCCAGGCGCGGGCUGUGCCGCUUCACCGCGCCGGAGGCGGCGAACUUCUGCGGCCUCGAGAUCUCGCGCCAGGAGUGCUCGGGCGAGUCCCUCACGGGGCGGGACCGCACGGCGCUGCUGGUCUUGUUGGAGCAGGCGGAGCACUCCACGGCCGCGGUCCGGGCCCGCCGCAGCGCGGCGGACGCGGCCGCGCUGCCGCGGCUCUUGGUGGCCCUGGGCUCCGAGCUGUCGCUCCACGGCCGCGAGUGGCGAGCCGCGUCCAACGCCAACGGGGUGCUGUGCCUGGGCCGGGAGCCGGUGCUGCUGGCGGUGCUGGGCCAACUCAUCGAGGUGCUGGACACCCUGGUGCCGGCAGACAAGACCGAGGAGACCGAGGGCGUCACGAUGGGCGGGGAGGCCAAGGUGCAGUACACGGAGUCGGUGCUGGAGUCCUUGAGGACGGUCCUGGGCCCCCACGGCUUCCUCCCGGAGACGUUGCAGCUCCUCAGCGCGGCGCCCCACGCGUCGCCGGGCGCCGCCACGGCGCUGCGGAACUCGCUGCUGGCGGCCUUGCGCCUGGCGCUGGCCUGGGAGGUUCCCUCCACGGUUCAAAAGCCUCUGGACAACGCUCUCGCGGCGGCCUCGACCUACCAGGUGGCGCUCGAGACGCUCGAGGCUCUGCUGCGGAAGCUGAGAUCUGACGCCGGCCCGGAGACGGCGAAUUCCCUGGUUGCCCAGCUCGCACUGACGCUUGACAUCAUCGUCCUGCUGCUUCGCUCCGACGCGGGCCUCCAGCGCUUCUGCGACUCCUCGAAAGCUCGGGGCAGCGAUCGCCGGGUCUCGCCCUUGGCCAAGUGGGCCCUGGAGGCCAUCGAGCUCCUCGCGGAGCACUCCGCAGAGGUUUCCAUCGAGGCCAUCAACACCGCGCUGCCGGCCGCGGUUUGCAUUCUCUCGGUGCUGCUGGAUGCCACGCCCGCGGCCUUGCCCACGAACAUGGACCAGUUCGUGCGCGCACUCUGCCAGAUCCUUUCGCACAAGACCCUUACACUGCGCCUGCUGUCUUCGUUGCUGCAGCUGGUGAAGCAGGGCAAGCACCGGAUUUGGUUCGGCAGCGUCAGCGAUGCUAUGCAGACCAGGAAGAAGCUGCGUCAGAGCCUGAUCAGGAACAAGGUGCCUAGCCUUGUGGCCGUCGCUGCCAAGGAGAAGUUGGAGGGACUGCUGCAGGCCGAUUCCACGCCCAAGGAGAUGGGACCCGUGAGCCAGGUGGUGCAGAAACGCGCCUCGCAGGUCAUUGCAGCGGGCGCAUACUACGACACGGUGGAAGCCCUUGUGCAGGAGGUCUAUGGCUCCGGUUCCUCCGACGUGGACGAGGAGAUGGCGGACCUCAGGAAUGCCUUUGGGGACUUGGAUGGCGACAGCGUUGACGAGAGGAGGCGCUCCUCGGGCGGAAUGCUCCACGCCUUGAGCAACAUGCGACAAGCCAUCCUGGAGAACUGCCUGAUGCCUCAAACGAGGAGGAGGACCUCUAAAGUCAUAUAAGUUGAAUGCGAACACUUGCAUUUGCAUUUGUGCAUGCAAAUUCGACCAUCCAUUAUUUUCUCCAACGCUUGGGUGUGUGUCAAAAGGAG